AUGGUCACAUUUUCUAAGCGUAAAAACGGAAUUUACAAUAAGCUCAGUGAGCUCUCCAUUCUCUGCGGUGCAGACGUCGGAUUUCUCAUCUACUCCGGCUCAGGAAAACCGUUCACGUUUGGCAGCCCUUCCUUCGAUGUCGUUGCACAGCGGUUUCUCCACGGAAACCAUCCCUCAGGAAUCAUCAACGGCGAGGGCUACUCGUCGCUGUCGUCCAAGAUCGUGGAUGCUCAUAAGAAAGUGAAGGUGGAUGAGUUAUGCAAAAACCUAAACAAUCUUAUGGAGAUCCAAGCAGAUGCAGAAGAAGAGAAACUGAAGAUGGGUGAGGCUGCUUAUGCACCGUCGUUGCCUAUGAAGAGUACUGACGAAGAAGAGGUGAAACAGUUGUUGCGGAGGUACGAGGAGUUUUAUGAGGAACUGUGUGAGGUUGCUGCUGCAAAAAUCCGGGGAAGAUAUGAUGCGUCAGCCUCGUCGUCGUUUCCUCCACAUGGCUAA